AUGAUGCUGAACGAUCGGUGGACCAUCAUGAAUAACAGCAGCUCAGAGCUCGACAGCAAACAACCAAACAAACACAAGAGAUGCUGCAGCUUUCUGUUAUGGUCCAUUGUAGUGUUGGUCAUCAUAGCGGCCAUUGUCACAGCAACAGUCACCAUCCUGUACCUGAUCCAGUAUCCUCUGCCUUUCAUCAGCAGGGGUGGAGUCUCCUCCUCCUCCUCUCCUGUGAUCUCGACCAAUCCCAAAGAGUCUGGCGCCCUGGUGACAGUGUCCCGUGUCACAGCUGGAGAACCGAUCAGCAUCUACCUGGACCCGAACUGUCCGGACUACAGUGAGAACUUCCUGCGGUGGGAGGCGCUGCAGAGUUCUCUACUGCGAGCGCUGACCAGUUACAACGCAGACGACUGGCAGGAGAGAGGAUUGGUCCAGAAUCUGGCCGAGGAGCUGAAAGUGUUAUCAGGCCAUGCCCACAACCUGAAGCUGGAAGCUGAUUCGCUGAAAAGAGGUCAAGGUGUUCUGGACCAACGACUGGAUGGCCUGCAAAGCGAGCAGAGCCGCAUCAUACAUGCGCUGUCUGACAGUCACUCAGGUGUGUUGAAGUUGGCCGCAGGUUUCAGUGAUUCUCUGCUCAGCCUGCAGAGGGAGACAGAGAGUCUGAGGAGACUGAAGGGUGACCUGCAGAGAGACAACAACUACAGAGCUGUCAGACCUAGAGACUGCAGUGAUGUCAUGGCGUCUGGUAACUCUCAGGACGGAGUUUAUUCUGUGUUUCCCACUCAUGACCCCGACGGCUUCAUGGUCUACUGUGACUUGACCACUGAUGGAGGAGGCUGGACGGUGAUCCAGAGGAGGGAGGACGGUUCAGUGAAUUUCUUCAGAGGCUGGGAGGCAUACAGAGAUGGCUUCGGAAAAACUACAGGAGAACACUGGCUGGGUCUCCAGAGGAUCUACUCUCUCACCAGGUCUAGUGGUUUUGAGUUACGUAUCGACAUGGCAGACUUCGAUAAUGCCACAGCAUUCGCUCAUUACGCUGAUUUCUCUGUCGGUCGAGACUCUGUGAACCCCGAGGAAGAUGGGUACCCACUGACAGUGGACCAGUACUCUGGAACUGCAGGUGACUCCCUCCUGAAGCACUCUGGGAUGCGGUUCACCACCAAAGACCGGGACCAGGACCAGUCGGAGAACAACUGUGCGGCAUACUACCAGGGGGCGUGGUGGUACCGUAACUGUCACACCUCCAACCUGAAUGGGCAGUACCUCAGAGGAGGACACGCCUCCUACGCUGACGGGGUGGAGUGGUCCAGCUGGACUGGCUGGCAGUACUCACUCAGGUUCACCGAGAUGAAGAUAAGACCCAAUUCCAAAUCAGACUCCUGA